AUGAAGAAAGACUUAUCUCUCAAUCGUGAUCCAGAGAAUGUCACGCCUACGCAAUCUCGUACGGGUGAAGUCCUCGAUUUCGACGGCAAGGUCGUCGCAGAAGAUGCCGUCUUUGGAGAAAUACAAGAGGGCGAUGUCAACUACCGUGACGUCGGCUGGAUGGGAACGACUGCCCUGAUGCUGAAAACCCAGAUCGGCUUGGGCGUUCUUUCAAUACCGAAAGUGUUCGACACACUUGGGAUCAUACCAGGGAUUAUACUUCUUCUCGUAAUUGCCGGAAUGACCACCUGGUCGAAUUGGAUGGUGGGCGUCUUCAAACUACGCCAUCCCAGUGUAUAUGGCAUUGACGAUGUGGGAAAAAUGCUCUUUGGCCGCUUUGGCUUUGAACUGUUUGGGGCUGCAUAUACAUUAUACUGGAUAUUCGUCUCUGGAUCUGCCAUGUUGAGCAUCUCAAUUGCAUUCAACGCCCUCUCGGACCAUUCGGUCUGCACUGCUGUCUUUGUGGCUGUCGCUGCCAUCAUCGCGUUCUUGUUCUCCAGUAUACAGACACUCGCCCGUAUCAGUUGGCUUGCCUGGCUUGGGGCAGGAUGCAUCAUUCUGAAAGUCUUCAUCGUCACUGUCGCUGUCGGAGUCCAAGGACACCCCCCAUCAACAUCCGGCAUUAUUCUCGAGUCCGAUUACAGACUAUUCGGAAACCCAAGCUUCACCGACGCCAUGACUGCCAUCUCCACCAUCUGUUUGACGUACGCGGGCACUCCAGCCUUUUUCAAUAUUGUGGCUGAAAUGCGGGACCCGCGGCUCUAUACUCGAUCCCUGGCAGUCUGCCAAACCACAGUCACUGUCAUCUAUAUAAUUGCUGGCACAAUUGUAUACUAUUACUGCGGAUCGCAUGUUGCAUCACCCGCCCUGGGUUCAGCAGGACUAUUGAUCAAGAAAAUCAGCUAUGGCAUUGCCUUGCCGGGCUUAUGUGUUUCUGCCAUUCUACUCCUUCAUCUACCCGCCAAACACAUCUUCAUGCGAAUCCUCCGAGGCUCGAAACACCUCACCGCGCAGUCUCCAAUUCACUGGAUCACCUGGCUGGGAUCCACCUUUUCCGUCACUUUGGUCGCAUAUAUCAUUGCAAGCAGUAUCCCCGUCUUCAGCGGUCUUGUAUCACUCGUUGGUGCCCUACUAGCAACCUCUCUCUGCUUCCAGCCUAUGGGCUGCAUGUGGCUGUAUGACAACUGGGGGGCCGGUAAACAGGAGAAACGUGUAGGGUGGUGUUUGAAAGUCGCGUGGAGUCUGUUUAUGAUUCUGGUGGGUUUCUUCUUGACGAUUGGGGGCACGUAUGGCUCUAUUGUGAGUAUCAGCGCUUCUUACAAAGAGUCUGGGGGGUCUGCUGCCUGGUCUUGUGCCAAUAAUGAUGUCUAGCGAGUGCUAUACUCAGGGCACCAUUAUCAAGGUGGAAUUGUGAGAAUUAGUUGUAUAUUGUGCU